CUGCUCCCGCCGCAGCCGCCGCCAGGGCCGCUGGCUCCCGCCCGGGGGCGGCGGCGGACGCGGGAGGGGAAAAGCUCGGUGCGGACGGGAUCCCCCCCUGCGGGCUCGGCGGCAGCGGCGGCCCCUCCUCCCGUGGCUCCCCGCUUCCCUCCCCGCGGGUUUGUGGCGUUGCGCCGGGGGAGGAUGAACGGAGGAUAAAUGGUGCCCAAGGCGGACAGCGGCACCUUCCUCCUCCUCUUUCUCCUGGUGCUGAGCAUCACCGAGCCGCUGCGGCCAGAGCUCCGCUGCACCCCAGGGCAGUUUGCCUGUCGGAGUGGUACCAUCCAGUGCAUCCCUUCCAACUGGCAGUGUGAUGGGUGGCCCACCUGUGAGGAUGAGAGUGAUGAAGUUGACUGUCCAGGCUUGACAGGGGACCAACGAACUUACCAUGGGAAGGAGAAUGUGGACUCGAGGCACAGCAGAGGGAGAGGAGGGGAGACCACCCGCUUCCACACCGUCAAUGUGGCACAGCCCGUCCGCUUCAGCAGAAAGUGCCCAACAGGAUGGCACCACUAUGAGGGCACAGCCAGCUGCUACAGGGUGUAUUUAAACGGGGAGAACUACUGGGACGCCGUGCAGACAUGCCAGCGGGUGAAUGGCUCCCUCGCCACCUUCACUGCAGACCAGGAGCUGAGGUUUAUCCUGGCACAGGAGUGGGACUUGGAGGAAAAAGCUUUUGUAAGGAAGGACCAGCGCAGGUUCUGGGUUGGAUAUCAGUAUGUGAUCACCAAUCGGAACCACUCUCUGGAAGGUCACUGGGAAGUGGCUUACAAAGGCUCUGCAGAAGUAUUUUUACCCCCCGACCCCAUCUUUGGUACGGCUAUGUCUGAGAAUGAAAACGUUCUUUGUGCUCAGCUUCAGUGUUUCCAUUUCCCUACCCUGCGGCACCACGGUUUACACAGCUGGUAUGCUGAAAACUGCUAUGAGAAGUCUUCAUUCCUCUGCAAAAGGAGCCAGACUUGUGUUGAUAUCAAAGACAACAUCGUGGAUGAAGGCUACUACUUCACCCCAAAAGGGAAUGAUCCCUGUUUGAGCUGCACCUGUCACAACGGUGAGCCCGAAAUGUGUGUGGCUGCCUUGUGCGAGCGGCCCCAGGGCUGCCAACAGUACCGCAAAGACCCGAAGGAGUGCUGCAAGUUCACCUGCUUGGACCCAGAUGGCAACAGCUUGUUUGACUCCAUGGCUGGUGGAAUGCGACUGAUUGUGAGCUGCAUUUCCUCCUUCCUCAUCCUCUCCCUCCUGCUCUUCAUGGUGCACAGGCUGCGGCAGCGGCGCAGGGAGCGCAUAGAGUCUUUGAUCGGAGCCAACCUGCACCACUUCAACCUGGGCCGCAGGAUGCCUGCCUUCGACUACGGCCCCGACGGCUUUGGCACUGGCCUUACCCCGCUGCAUCUCUCCGACGAUGGGGAGGGUGGAGCCUUCCACUUCCAUGACCCCCCCCCGCCCUACACCGCCUACAAGUACCCAGACAUUCAGCACCCGGACGACCCCCCCCCUCCCUACGAGGCUUCUGUCAACCCUGACAGCAUCCUCUGCUCCACACCAGACGGAGUCCUCUCUCAGGCUGUGCAAAGCAGUCCUCCAUCACUAGGAAACUGUGACGUGUCCCCACAGCUGACAGAGGGUUCACUUCCUCCCUCAGUUGGUCCUUCCCCAGUGGAGCUGGAAGACUCUGUUGACAGCAGCACCUUUCUUGUCCCUCCCGACACGCCGCUGAACGAGACCGCGCCGGCAGAAACUCUCUCGGGCAGCCGCCACAGCCACUGCUCUCUCAAUACCAUCGUCUAAAGGAGUGACCAAGCCCUCACUGCUCAGAAAGUUUUAGCAGCUGUUUGCACAGACAAACACUAACCCUUGGCUGGAACUUCAGGUGGAAUCUCCACUUUGUCCUUUCCUUUUUGGUCCUAGGUUAGCGUCGUGCCUCACGGUUUCAGCUGUCCUUACUCGUUCACUAAUGGGUUCGUCCUGUAAAUACGGACUUGGAUAACUGCUCUCUUCUCCCGUGGGCUGUGGAGAAGAGGGCAGAGAGUUCCUUUGACUUCUGAGGAGGUGAAAAGUAUGGGUAGUUUUAUUUUUAAUGGGUUGGGUAUUUUUUUUUCUUAACCUGAGAGGAAACAAAAUCUGCGUCAGAGAAAAAGCUGCUUGGAUCGGGCUGGCCGCGGCUGGAGAAGGAGCCUGGGGGGCACUCCCCAGUCAGUCCACUGCUGUCUCUCUUGCUUCAGUGCUACACUUGGAAAAGGCAGAGAAGAUGGAACUGCACGGCUGGGGGGAGGGCUGGGGGCCUGUGCUGCAGAGUGGGAACACUGAGGAGCUAAAAGCCAUGCCAGCAGGCAGGGCUCGCCCAGCACCUUGCCAUUGGCCGCGCUCUGCGGGGACGCUGCGGGGACUGGAAGCCGAAGGAGCUACGCAGCGGGAGACAAGGGGCUGAUGGAGCAGGAGGAUUUGCAGUUACUUCUUGUUGGUAGCUGCACAAUCUCUUCUUGUUGGGUAAACUUCUGGCCCAUAAGGAAAUCUCUGUAAUGUUUGUGUCCCUUCAGUAGGAGCCUCCUUUGUUAGGCCACGCUUGAGGGAAGAGCUGGGGAGCUUCGGUGACUCGGCUGUGGGAGCCUAUGUUUGCUGCAGUCCCCUGAGGAGGAGCGAGGUGUUCCUCACUGCAGUGAGCAGUUCCACAGUGCUGGCCUGGAGAGCAGAGCAUGGCUCUGGCUUUUCCUAGUGCAUGCUAUGUUUAGCAUGUGAGUGUGUUCCCUGCCGCCACUGCACUUCCCCACAGUUCCUCCAGCACUCCUGUGAAGCCUCAUCCACGAGCACUACACCUGGCGGUUAACUGGACACUUCUUAUCCAAGCCCUCUGAUCCUAGGGACUCCUCCUGUGCCCCCAGAGCGUUUCUCCCAGCUCCCAGGUGGUGACAUCAAUAAAGCAGUUUGCUUCACUCCGAGCUGGCAUUGGAAGGUUCCCCCUCGGGCUGAACUGCAGGUGGUUUUCACGUGGCAGAGAGACGCAUUCGCUCCUCGCACUGCUGAUCUGGAUCUCUACAGGUGACUUGGAAUUUCAGUUUGGAUUUUGGUGUGCAAACAAUUUACCCUCCUGCCCCACGUCCUCCCCCCGUUUCUGCUUCCUCUGCACUUACUGUAGCAGUCAGCAGAUGAGAUGAAUCCUAAGGAGUUUGUACCCAAUGCCCCCUGUGAGUGUUCUUCUCUUACCUUAUGAAGGGUGUGAGCCUAGAGGGACCCGAAGCAGGCACUGCACGGGGGGGUGUUUGUGAUCUAUUUUUCUAGUCAAGUCCUACUUGUAUGACAAAUCCAAACUCACUCUGGUGGCUUCCCAGUGCAGCUGACUCUUUCCCCGUUGAAUAUGCUGCUACUUUCUCUUCUGUGUCUUGCCUGUAGGCUUAUACUGUACGUGGGGAAUGGUCUUGACAGUUCAGCUCCUUUUUGCACACAGACCGUGGGCUUCGUUCCUGAGCUCCGAUCUGGUGUCUUGACAUUCAGACCCUUGCAAACAAUCAGCCUGAAUCGCGGCUCUGGGGUGUGCUGCUGGCUCAGCAGAGGGAGGGGGGCGCCGUUAGGAAGCCUCUCCACCGGCAGCCGGCCCACCGCUGCUGUGGCUCCGGCGGGAUGAGAGGAGCAGUUCUCUGCCCUGGGGCAUCUCUUAACCCUCUCCGCCUGUAAGCUCAAGCUCUGGUGUCAGGGGUGGAUGGGCAGCAGCCGCCAGCGCCGUGCCUGCAGGUGGCUGAGCCUGUCUGCAGCGCAGCGGGGGCAGGUCCUGUGCGCUGCUGAGCGCAGCCAUGCGGAGGGGCCGCUGCGUGCGCUGAGCUCUCCUUCGUUCCCGAGGUGUGAAUGUGUGUGGGGGUGGUGUAGACAUACCGUAGGCGGUAACCCUUGUGCUGUGUCCAGCCGGGUGAAGCUGAGCGCUGGGGUGUGCACCAGGCUCCUAGGGUUAGUACUCCGUGGCAGGGCAGGCUGCUCAGGCUGCACUGCAGUAGGUUGCAAAGUCUGUGCCGGGGCUGAGCAGUAGUUGGGUAGCUGUGCAGAGCAGAAAGCUUCUGAAGCCAGGUGCAACAUCUGUAGCAUCCUAGGGCAAUAAGUAGAGGCCUUUGGGCUUGGUUUUAGUCUCUGAAGCUGGUUUGUGGCUGAGGUGAACAGAUGACCUUACCUCACACUUGCCCUGACGCCGGGGGAACCCCCUGGGUGCUUUCCUGGGUCCCUUUGGGUUCCGUGGUGAAGCUCCCCUGGACGUCAGCUCCGUUCCAGCUGGCAGCUCGCUGCUGGCUCCUGGCUGUAGCUGCUCCAGGCGGAGGUUCUCGGUAGGAGCCUCGCUGUGAUGGAUUUUUCUCCCCUGUUACUUCUGAGCCUUUCUCACUUGUAUCUUGGCCCAGAGGCUGUUAGUUGCUCUCCUUUCCCCUAUCCUCCUUCUUCUUAACUGUAAGCAAGGGAAGCUUUGCCUUGAACAGAGCAGCUCACCAAGUGCAGCUCCCUUACCUCUCGGUGAGCUCCUAAUUUGGCAAUAAAGUUGUUCUUUCCCCCCCCCUUUUUUUAAUGUAGCUUUUUCACACUGAGUACUCUCUCUUGAGGUAAGAACCUUUGCAGCAGAGACUGUCACAACUACUCAGACUUCUGGACCAAGUGGGGAAGAGCUGCUUGCUUGCCAGCAGCUGACUCCUCAGCCAACCUGCCUUGCCCUUGGCGAGGUGGCUGCCAAGCAGUGUGUCCUGAGCACCAAUUCCCAAGGGUUGAUGCUGGCCUGAGGCAGAGCUUUUCAUUCUCACCUCCAGUAAAUUGAUUGAGAUUU